GUUUCUUACUCUUUACACAAAAAACCAGGAAACGAACAUUGGAAUAACGCACAUGCUUAGUUACUUUGUCCCUGGAUUCCCGGGAGUCCCACGGGUUUUUUAAUGACUAAUGCUAAUAGUAUACAUAUCUAGACAGGGUGAUUGGAAAUUUGUGGCGGACCUGUUAAGGGGAGAUAGAAGAGGCCAAUUAUAGGCGAUUUCAGUAAUGAAUGUACUCGCUGUACAGUUUCUGUAAGUUUUCGGCUUAGUAUACCCUUUUUACAACACCCUGUAUAAAAGAUAACUUGAAUACGUUUUUAGAUAAUAAAAUAUUAUUUGCAUUAAUGACCCUGCAACUAAAAUGUAGCUAGGACACGGUGGCAAACCUGUCAUUAUCGUGUAACUAUAAAUUUUAGUUGUUGGAAGGACCUAAAUUUACAGAUUUUAUAUCGUGAUUUACCUUACCAAGGUUGCUUUUGAUGUAUCUUUGUCUUGCACAGUGACGGCGGCUAGCAAUCACCAUCGGCAGUGUACACUUUAGUAAAGUUAUAAAAAAUGCCCUUCAACUUCUCUCUUUUUGUUACUAAAACUUUUAAACCAAAUAAAGUAAUACAUUUAAAUGACGCAUUCAAGCCAAUUUAUAAAAUAGUGUACGCACUGGGAUUAUUCCCUUACAGUUUUAACUAUGAUUCCGUUAAUAACCUGAUUUUGAAAAGCGAUCUUAUUAUGAGCGCAGUCAUGGCUGCGGCGACGAACAUGGUCUCUCUCUGCCUGCUGGUGUGGAGCAACCUGGAGGCGUCGCGGGGGGCGCGGGGCGAGGGGGCGCUGGUGCCGUGGGGCGCCAACUGGGUGCUGCAGCAGUGUCUGCUGUGUGCGUGCGCGGGGGGCGCCGGCGCGAGCGUGUGGGGGCGCCGGGCGCGGGGGCGCGCGCUGCUGGCCGCGCUGUGGGCCGCGCCCCCCGCGCCGCGCGCCCUCGCCCGCCUCCACGCCACCUCACGCAUCGUCGCCCUGUCUCUCACCAUCAUCGCCCUGUUGCACGUCACGCUUUGCGCAAUCGCUAUUCGUCUAGACUUCUGGCAGAACCUCACAUUGAUCGGUGCUACAUUAAAUGAGAUUAUAAAUUUUGCGGCUAUCGCGUACAUUUACUUUCUGGUGCUGUUAGUGGUGAGUGUACUGAAGAGUGUUGCUGAGGGUGCCCGCUCGCAGCUGCAGGCGCGGGGGGGUGCGGGGGCGGGGGGCGAGGGCGUGCGGGGGUUCACGCGGCUGGAGCGCGAGUUCGCCCGCGCCCACGGCUGCGUCGAGCUCAUUAACGAGUGCUUCGAGGGCGUGGUGCUGCUGACGGUGCUGCAGAGCUUCCACUGCAUGGUGUCGUUCUCGCACGAGCUGUACAUCGCGGCGGUGGUGCGCGCCGUGCUGGACCCCCCGCGCGCGGCGCUACAGCUGCAGUGGCUGCUGUGUCAGUACAUCAAACUCUACGUGUUGGCACACGGCGGCAGUUCUUUGAAAAACGAAGUGAAAAAAGUUGGAGAAAUGCUCUACAUAGAGAACGCUGGUAGAAAAGAUUUACGUCUUAUGCUAGAAGCAAUUUCAUAA